GGGGAUAUCUGGAACUUUCGAUAACUUGGUACUUGUUAUAUCCUGAGUUUAACGAUAUUAUUUCGCAGUCAUUUCGAGUUGUGCUGUUACAGUGUGCAAGACUCUUCAAUCUGCAAGAAACUAUAUAGAUCACCAUGUCGUACAGAUUGCAUAAGCGCGGGGUCCUGACUGGGUCUCUCAACUGCUACUGCUUGGCAUGUGACACCUUCUUGAUGACACGUCAAGAAGCGGACAAACAUGUAGAGACAUCUCUUCAUCAGAGGAUUCUUCUCGCAAUCCCGUACUCGGAUAAAUUUAAAGACGAACACAUAAGAAAGUUCCAAACCGGUUACUACUGCGAGUUUUGCAACACUCUGCUCCCGACUGCUUCCAAAGUUAAUCUUCAUGUAACUGAGGACGAGCAUGUCAAAAAUAAGGGACUUAAUCUUCUGCUGCCAAGGGGAGGUGGUGUUGUGGCUUUUGGUAAUGUUUUCAUCGAAGAGAACGCAUGGCACAGCCUUAUCGAUGGUGUCUGCUCGAUUUGCGAAGAAGAAUUCGAGGAAGGCGAGGACCACAAGGCGACCGCGAGACACUCUCUGAAUCUCGUCUUGAAAAACAUCCAGUUUGGAAAUGGCGACGCUAUCUAUCGUCAGAUAGAUGACACUUCUCUGCAAUGUGUAACUUGCAACAAGUUACUGGUUCCCGACAAGGUGACCGCACACUUUGAUGACGCUCAGCAUCGAGAACUUUAUAAUAAAUGUCGCAUUGUUAGCAAUGGAGUAGAUCAUGGAUCAGAAAACCAAGUCAUAAAGGAAGAAGUCGAAGAUUCACCUUUUAUUGAAUUUAAAGGAGGAUUAAAAAAAUCUGACAUCAACGAAAACCAAUCCACCGAAAGCAAGACUACAAUACUUGAAUCAAUGUCAAAGUAUCAAAGCGCAGGGAUCAAUAUUAAUUUGGAGAGAGAAACAGCUUACUGUAAAAAAUGUUCUGAAGUAGUUGAGUUUGACUGUACGAAUAUAGAAAAGCAUAUUACUAACCAUUCCACAAACGCACCAGUUGACUCCACUUUGCAAUAUCCUUCAAAUCCGGACCAGAAUUUGAACAGAGUCGACAUAAACGACAAGACCGCCCAACCAUCCGACAAAGAUGACGAAAUUGAGGAGAAAAUAAAAGCAUUGCAAUAUAAUUCAAAUGACGAGAAGGUUGAAUCAGCCGACGAAGGAGACAACAGUGAUGAGGAGUUAGAAAACGAAAAAGAAUUUGCAAAAGGCAAUAAAAUAACUUUCAAUAAGAAUAACAAGCAGUCGUAUUGUCGACUGUGUGAGGUCCACCUGCCGGCUACCUUGAAGUCGAUGAAGGAGCAUGUUGCAGGAGCCAACCACAAGAGACUCUCUGCCUCUACUCCGACAAUCGAGUGCCAAAUAAAAAAGUCUGCAAAGAUGAUAAAGACCAAAUCGGAAGAUUUUAUUGAAGACGGAUGCGUUUACAUGGUCCACAGCCCGUUUGAAACAUAUGCCAUUAUUAAUGAAGAAUACUGUAUCACCAAAAACAGUUACACAUUCUUAACUAAAAGCGAUUCGAGGCUGAGGUGCAUACUAUGUCAAGUGACGUUACCGCCGUAUUGUGAUACAGAUGAACAUGUUCAAUCAAGAAACCACGUCACUAAAUUUAAUAAUGUUCCAGUCAUUGUGUCGACGGAAAACGAAUUUAUUAGAGAGGUGCAUCCGGGCCUGUACCACUGUGGGUACUGUGAGCUCGUUAUGUCUGGUUGGCCUGACAUGGAAAAGCACCUGAAAUGCUCGGAUCAUCAAGACAACAGGAGGAAAGGGGAACGUCGUUUGGUCGAAUCUCUACCAGGUUUGCAAUCUUAUAAAAUCCACAAGGCAUUUGAAGCUAUAGCUCUAAGACGUUUCUUCAACAUGUUUUAACCCAAUCUGUAAAAAUAUCUUCUUAUAUUAAACGUAGAUUACUUAAAAGAUCCAUUAAAAGGUCCAUUGAAGCCUAUUAUUCACGCUAGACACCUUACGAAUUAACUGUGUAUUUCAAUUACUGUGCAGUGGUAAGUCGAACUAUAAAGUUAAAUCGUAACGUGUGUAGGCUGUUUGGACCGACGCUGUACGGUUAAAACUACACAAUUAGAUUCGAUAAUAAUCAAAUAGACAGUCUUUAUAUUAUAACUUUCAUGAGACAUACUAGAUUAAUAUUAUUAUGUUUUUGACUUACUCCCGUAAUUAUUCGACGAGGAACUCGACUAGUUUCAAGCCAUGCCAAGCCAGUUGACUAAAAUCGAUCGAUCAAUAGGUUGCGCGACGUCGCCGCGCCGCGUCUGCGCACGCUGCUCAUGAUGAAGAGUUCCUCUGUGACUUGAAACUAGUAGAGCUCUUUUCCAUUAAAGUACGUGGGUAAACAGUGUUGUUUCGAUAAAUUAGUUGACUUACGAAUUAAAUAUUCGUUGACUUAUUAACGGUAUAUGCAAGAUUAAUCCCGUUGUUUUCUUUAGCACCUGUUUCACCACUACUGAUUUAUCUUCCGAAUUUAAUUUACGCAUGUUUUUUCUCGUUUCUUACGAAAUAUAAAUGAAAAUCCAUUUAUUGGACGGAAAUUAAUUCAGAAGUGGUGUUGAGCGUUUAUGUUAACUUAAUUUUUUUUUCUUAAUUUUAUUUUUAAGUCUUGUAUUAGUAAUAGGGAUGACGAAAUAAAUAGUUUACACUUACAAAAUCGUAUGUAUUUGAGUUCCUACGAAUAAUUGUACUAAUAUAAUAGAUAAUCAAUGUGAUUUACAUUCUUCUUCACGAUGAUGGUCUGAUACGCACUCAUGACGCGUCUCGUGAGGGUGUGCAUAAGCUACGGUGACGUUUACCCUCAGGGGCCUUAGUCUGCUAUUACAAUUGUGUCAGAAUGGUCGAUCAAUGAG